UUAUCCUCACGUGUAAGUUAUUGCUCAUAUGAGGGUUGAUUCCUCAUUGAGAUAUUUAAUGGUGUUAUGUGUCCUAGACCGAUGACUCAGUCGGGGCGUCCCGUCACAGGGUUUGUGAGGCCCAGCACACUGUCUGGUAGACCAGAAACUAUGGAGCAGGCCAUCAGAACCCCGCGAACAGCUCGUCCUGUCACCAGUGCUUCCGGCAGAUUUGUCCGGUUGGGAACGGCCUCCAUGCUAACAAAUCCGGAUGGACCUUUCAUUAACCUUUCUAGGUUAAACUUGGCAAAGUAUGGCAAGAGACCGAACUUGUCCAAGACCUUGUUUGAAUACAUCUUCCAUCUUGAAAAUGAUGUAAAAAAUGCGUUAGAUCUGGCUGCUCUUGCCACUGAACAUGCUCAGUUCAAAGACUGGUGGUGGAAAGUACAACUGGGAAAAUGCUAUUACAG